ACAUCAUCACUAGCUGCUACAGAGAUCUUGGUCCUGUUCCUGUUACGUCGUUUGACCAGAGCUACGCGCGCUAUAAUGGUGUAUCCUGGUUACUCGAUCACUACUGUAAUUACGAAUUAACCAGAUCGAUGGUUGCGAUGAUAAGUAGAGUAGAUCGCAUGCAUUGAUGGGUUUGGCGUGGCGGUGCCAACCUUUCACAUGAUCCGAACGGCCCCAUUGAUUGCAAGCCGGGCCGGGGCCCUUUUUCUUCCUCUCUUUCUUUCUGUCCUAGCUUCUGGCCAUUCACAUGCAUGCCUGCCUGCCCGGCCAUUUUCUUUCUUCAAUCUUCAUCGAUCAAUCAGCUCGAUGAUGCCUCGGCCUAGCUUGGUGGCUCUGUACGUUAGCAUCUGCUCCGUGCUGUUCAUCGCCUCCAAGAUGCUCAUCUCCUUCCUGCUCUACAAGAAGUGGGCGCGCAAGAAGCGCAUCAUCGACAACAGCCUCGCCGGCGGCAGGAUGGUCAUCUUCCGCUCCGGCAGCGGCGGCAACAAGGCGCUGCAGUCGCUGAGCCCCAAGUCGUUCCUGGGCAUGCUCAUGGGCCUCUCCAGCAAGGACGUCAUCGGCGCCGGCGGGUACGGCACCGUCUACCGGCUAAGGGUCGUGGGCAAGGCCGGCGGCGACGGCAAGGCGCCCUGCAGCUUGUUCGCCGUGAAGCGGCUCAACCGUGGCAGCGCCGAGAUGGAUCGCGGGUUCGAGCGCGAGCUGGACACCAUGGGCGACAUCAAGCACCGCAACAUCGUGCCGCUGUGCGGAUACUACGCGGCGCCCCACUUCAACCUGCUCAUAUACGAGCUCAUGCCCAACGGCAGCCUCGACGCCCUGUUGCACGACUCCUCGAGCCAGGAGAGACUCUCCAGCUGGCCAUCCAGGUACCGGAUCGCUGUGGGCGUCGCUCGCGGCCUCUCCUACCUCCACCACGACUGCAUCCCGGCCGUGAUCCACCGCGACAUCAAGUCCAGCAACAUCCUCCUCGACCACGCCAUGGAGGCGCGCCUCUCCGACUUCGGCCUCGCCACCCUCCUCACCGGUGGCCCCAACGCCACCCACGUCACCACCGUCGUCGCCGGCACCUUCGGCUACCUCGCGCCCGAGUACUUCGACACCGGCAGGGCCACCACCAAGGGCGACGUCUACAGCUACGGCGUCGUCCUCCUCGAGCUGCUCACCGGCAAGAGGCCCACCGACGAGUCCUUCCUCGAGAACGGCACCAGGCUCGUCACCUGGGUCAAGGAGGCCAUCGAGGACAAGCGCGAGGACCACGCCGUCGACGACGCCCUCCAGCUGCUCCCCGCCCACAAGGACCAGGUCAGGCUGCUCUUCUCCGUCGCCGACAAGUGCCUCGACUCCGAUCCCGCCAACAGACCAACCAUGGCGCAGGUCGUCAAAAUCCUCGAGCACCAACAAGGGAUUGAUGAAGAUCCUAGUAGCUAGUAGAAUUUAGUAAUUUGUCUAUAGUGUAGACAGAGUGCAUGUAUUACAUAGCUAGCCUGGCUAUGUAUAGUGAUGAGCGAUGUACGUACUUACUCCUAGUAAUUGGAAUAGUUGGGUUUAUCGUCGGAGGAGGCUAGCACUGGGCUGCAUUACUGACUGGGCCUUGCUAGUUGUCGCUCCUCUUCCA